AUGGCCGCGCCAUGUGCGCUGGCUUCCAGAGAGAACAAGCGGACGCCUGCUCAAAAUGAUGAAUCCAACGCAGCUAAAGAGAACACCCACUAUUAUUCCAGCAGCAAGUUACAAGGCAGUAAAGCUUAUGGACACUGCAAAUGGGAGCAUCUAAUGUACCUGAAUAUUGCCAACACUGAGAAGGCGAUGCAGAGGGAACCAUCUCCCACCUACAGACAAACGCACAAGCGGGACCCAUGCAUCGGAGCAAGGACGGGGAGAGCCACUAACGUCCCAAACACCCAGCAACCACCCAGGUCGAACCAAUCAACCACAGGGGGUACAGUGGAUCCCUGCGACCGGACUACCGGCUAG